AUGAAAAGGAGUCUAGCUGACACUUCAACUCGCAGCACAGCAGGUUGUCUGCCUGUACCUCUGUUCAAUCAGAAAAAAAGAAAUAGACAGCCCCUCACUUCAAAUCCACUUAAAAAUGAGCCAGGUACCAGUUCUGGGACUCGUACUUACGACUUUUCUCCCACAUCAUUCGGCUGGGGAACUGCAAACCCAGAAGUGGCUGAACUACAGAAAGCAGCAAACAAUGGCCAAACAGAACAUCAGAUGGCUCCUUCCCUUAUGAAACCACCAAAUGCAUCAAAGUCUAAUUUAGCAAAUGCUCGAAGAAACUUGUAUGCCUACAGGGCAGAAGAGAAGACUCCCAGUACUAAAGUUUGGAACAGAAAUGAGUAUGCUCCUUUAAGAAACACAACAGAUUCGAGAUCUGAUAGUGGAAUUAUUCGAAAGUUUGAGAGCCUUUCAAAUAGUUUGAAAACUGUCCAGCAGCAAAAAAACCCUGAUAACCGUAAUUCAUCUCAGCAUAUCAAAACAACCGAAACCAGCCAAACAUAUACAUCUAAAGGACAAUGGCCAGUGAAACCUAAAACUGUUUCAAAAAGUCUGCAGGAUCAUAGUGUGGCAUACAAGUUUAACCACAAUAUUCAGCAAAAUAAAAUGAAUGAAAACCAAUUUGAUUGUGUUCCAGAAGACAAAAGUCAGGAGGUUUCAUCAUCUCAAUUAAAAAUUAAAGAAAAAAAGAAUUCUUUGCGAAUCGUAUCUGCAGUCAUUGAAAGUAUGAGGCACUGGAGUCAAUAUGCUUAUAAAACUGCACUAUUAUUUGAAGUUUUAGGCACACUUGAUUCUGCAGUCACACCUGGAGCCUACGGGGCAAAGAAUUUUCUUCUGAGAGAUGGAAAGGAGAGUCUGCCUUGUGUAUUUUACGAAAUUGACCGGGAGCUUCCAAGACUAAUUAGAGGUCGAGUGCACAGGUGCAUGGGAAACUAUGACACAAAAAGGAACAUUUUCAAGUGCGUCUCUGUAAGACCAGCAACUAUUCAAGAACAAAACACUUUCCAAGAAUUUGUUAAAAUUGCAGAUGUUGAGAUGACAGCAUAUGUAAAAACAAUGAAUGAAAUUUAA